AUACGGAUGGACUCAAUUAUGGACUUCUUGUUUGUGUCUCUUCUUUCUUUCCUAUCCUUGCUGCUAGUUUACUGUUGGUACUAUUUUUGUUAUGCUCCUUACCGAGUUCUCAAGAGACUUGGUAUCACUCAUCCUCCAGUGAGGCCUUUCAUGGGGAAUGCAUUACAAGUAUUGAAACUGGGUAGAAUUAGCCUUAUGAACAAGUUGAUUUCUGAGAGUAAUAAUAAAGUGUCCGGAUUUUAUGUUGGGGCAAUGCCUCAUAUUGUAGUUGCUGAUCUCGACCUCAUUAAAGAGAUAACAGUUAAACAAUUUGAUAAAUUUACCAAUAAUUUGAGAGAGACUUCUCUGACAAUUGAAAUACGUAAAAAUAUCAACAUGGGGCCUGGCUUGCUAUUUGCUUUUGGCGAGGAGUGGAAACACGUUCGACAAAUUGUGACACCAACUUUCUCGACCAAAAAACUGAAAUUGAUGAUGCCUCUGAUUGAAAGAAAGUGUGACACUCUAAACAUUAUAUUGGAAGAGAAGUGUGCAAAAGGAGACAGCUUUGAUAUACACCAUUUGUAUGGCCAGUUCACUUUGGAGACUAUGCUUGCUGUAGCUUUUGGUUCUGAAGUGAAUUUACUGAAAGGAGAGGGGAGUUUACUGACAGAGGCAGUCGCUGGAUUAUCUGAUGAUUUGAGUGAAUCUAUCAUUACCUGGGAGGCAUUAUUCCACUGUAAGAAUGAGGCUACCUUAUAGUGAGAAAUAUUGGUGGGAAACAAAAUAUUGAGUUGGUUUUUCUUGCACCUUGACCACUUGCCAUUGAUGUGUGGAAUGGGAAUGGUGGUUUCUUCACAAAACUGCCAAUUGUCAAUAUUAAUGCCCACUAAUGGCACCAAUACAUUUUUCCU